CGGGAGACUGGGAGGAAGGUAGGGUGGACCUGUAUGAUUUGUCCAUUAUAUCAUGGCUGAAAAUGACCUGCACAGAAGCCAAACUGAGAAACUUCUAAAGAGGGUGCAAGAACUGGAGGAGGAGGUCCAAAGACUUAAAAAGGAACAAGUCAGCAACAAUAACUCGAGCAGAAGAGAAACUUCUUCAGGAAGUAGAAAAGCUAAGCGCGCAUUUGAUUUCAGUGCUCACGGCCAAAGGCAUGUAGCUCUAAGGAUAGCCUAUCUGGGCUGGGGCUACCAGGGUUUUGCCAGUCAAGAAAACACAAAUAACACCAUUGAAGAGAAGCUGUUUGAGGCGCUAGCCAAGACAAGACUAGUAGAAAGUAGACAGACAUCCAAUUAUCACCGGUGCGGGCGAACAGACAAAGGAGUCAGUGCCUUUGGACAGGUGAUAUCUCUCGACCUUCGUUCUCACUUUCCAAAGGACAAGGACUCAGAGGAUUUUAACUUAAAAGACAAAGGCGAUGAUACUGCCAAAGAGAUCCGUUAUACCCACAUCCUCAAUCGGGUGCUCCCUCCUGACAUCCGUAUCCUGGCCUGGGCCCCAGUAGAGGCUACCUUCAGUGCUAGGUUCAGCUGUCUUGAGCGGACAUACCGCUACUUUUUCCCUCGUGCUGAUCUAGAUAUUACACUCAUGAAUUAUGCAGCUCAGAAGUAUGUUGGCACACAUGAUUUCAGGAACCUGUGUAAGAUGGAUGUAGCCAAUGGAGUGAUUAGUUUUCAGAGGACUAUUCUGUCUGCUGAAGUACAACUAAUGAGCCAGAACCUGGGUGAGGAGGGACGGCAAGAAUCUUUCCAGUUAUGUCAGUUUGAAGUGACUGGCCAGGCUUUCCUUUACCAUCAAGUUCGCUGUAUGAUGGCUAUCCUCUUCCUGAUUGGCCAAGGGAUGGAGAAACCAGAGAUUAUUGAUGAGCUGCUGAACAUAGACAAAAAUCCCCAGAAACCUCAAUAUAGUAUGGCUGUAGAAUUUCCUCUAGUCUUAUAUGACUGUAAAUUUGAAAAUAUCAAGUGGAUUUACGACAGGGAGGUUCAAGAAUUCAAUGUUACCCACCUACAACAAUUAUGGGCUAAUCAUGCUGUGAAAACUCACAUGCUGUUUAGUAUGCUGCAAGGACUGGACUCCGUGGCAGUGCCAUGUGGAAAAGGACCAGAGAUGGAUGGAGUGACAGAGUGGAGAAACAUCAAGCCGUCGGUCAUAAAGCAGACCAGUGCCUUUGUUGAAGGAGUGAAAAUGCGCACAUAUAAGCCCCUAAUGGAUCGUCCUAAAUGCCAAGGAUUGGAAUCCCGGAUCCAGCAUUUUGUACAAAGAGGACGUAUUGAUAACUCAUAUUUAUUCCCUGAGGAAAAAACAAAAAGCAAAAGGGACUGUAAUGACACAUUAGAGGAAGACAAUACUAUUUUGGAGAAGCCAACUAAAAGAGCCUGUGUUGACACAGAAAUUAAAAGCAUCAUUUCACCAUAGAAAACUCACCAAGAUCUAAGAGGCAACAACCAGGUAGUGGUUGAUGGGGUAGGGAAAAAAACUUAUGUUUCUAGGAUGAAUGUGGUGAUGAUUAUACAAUUCUCCCUUGAUAUGUUUGAACGAUUGAGCAAUUCAAUUCUAUUAUAUGUAAAUUAUGUGCCAGUAAAACGAUUAAAAAAUUAUUUCAAGUUAUAGAAAUUUUGAGUAUCAGGUCUUAGAGAAAAACAAAUGAUAGGUUCUAUAUAGAAAAUUGGGCCUAACAAGAAAUAAUUCAAACAUUGUCCUAUUCCUGUCCAAAUGGUUUAAAAACAAAAUCAGCAAAAAACAUUUAUAAAAUGAAGGUGCAUUUAUGUUUACACCCUAGAAACCUGUAUCGUGUGUUCAAAAAUUCAUUAAAACUUGAGCCUCAAAA